AUGGAGGCCGAUGAAGUACAUCAAGUGAAUGGGCCUCGAAGACGCUUUGUCGAAUCCGAUGAAGAGUCCAAUUUCGAGACAGACUCGAUCGUCGAUGCUCCUUGGCGAGCACACAUAUUCGAAGACAACGACCAGAGGCUGAUCGAUAAUCCUUUGGCAAACGUUCACCAUAUCGAGCGUGAGAUCAAGAGCUUCGUCAAAGAUCAUGGCUUCCAGCAGCAGGAAAGCCUCUUCGUCAAGGCAGGACAGAUUCUUCGAGACCCUGAGGCGUGGCGAGCUGUCCCGAACCUGACCGACGAAGAAAAGGAGGCCCUGGAGAAGGAGAAUCGCAAAGGCUUCUGGAAACAGCCCAAAGAGCUGCGAGUGACUAUCAUCACUCUCUGCGUUGCUGCCGUUGUGCAAGGCUGGAAUCAGACUGCGUCCAAUGGAGCCAAUCUGAACUGGCCAAGCCAGCUCGGUUUGACUAACGUCGAUGGAUGUGACCCUACAGGCACUGACGCCUGGAUCUUCGCCAUUGUCAACGCCAUGCCGUACUUCUCCGCCAGUCUCGUGGGUUGCUGGAUCUCUGAUCCUAUCAAUGAGUACUUCUUCGGACGACGCCCAGCGAUCUGCUUUUCAGGCGUCUUGAUCUUAGCGUCUAUGAUUGGCAGCGCUUGUUCGCAGACAUGGCGCCAGCUGCUGGCUUGCCGUGCCCUGCUGGGCAUUGGAAUGGGUUGCAAGGCCAGCGUGGUCCCAGUCUUCGCUGCUGAAGUUUCCCCUGCACACAUCCGAGGCUCCUUGACAAUGAACUGGCAGCUCAUGGAUGCCUUCGGAAUCUUCUUGGGAUUCACAGCGAAUCUGGUCGUCUCAGGCGUUGGUCCGACGGCGUGGCGCUGGCAGACGGCAUCGAGUGUAUUUCCCUGCAUCGUCUUGCUAUCCCUCAUCUACGUCUGUUCGGACUCUCCCCGCUUACUCAUGAAAAGAGGCCCUCGACGGUACAAAGACGCAUACACCACCUUGCUGUCGCUUCGAGGCCAACCGAUCCUGGCAGCCAAGGAGCUGCUUUACGUCCACUACCAAAUGGAGGUGGAAAAGCGAUACAUAUCCGGCACGAAACGAGACGCAGACAUCGUCAGAGAAGAGCAGAUCGUCGAAGCAUCCAAGGGCAACACAACUUCCACAAGGACACUCCGCUCUCGCUUCGGAAACACGAGCUCCAUCAACUACUUCCAGAAAUUCGGCCAGCUCUUCACGAACAAACGGAUCCGCAGGGCGACCGUCGCCGCAGUCGUUGUCAUGGUCAGCCAGCAACUUUGUGGAGUCAAUGUCCUGGCUUUGUACUCCUCCAAUAUCUUCUGCGAGUCGGGGGAGCAAUUGAAUGGUAAUCUGGCCGAUCCGAACUACCUGGAACCCCUUUUCUUGAGCUGGGGGAUCGGAUUGACGAACUUCCUGUUUGCGUUUCCGGCUUACUGGCUAAUUGAUAAGCGUGGACGACGAUGGUUGCUGCUUGUUGCACUGCCGUUUAUGGCACUCAGCAUGUUGGCGGCGGCCCUGAGCUAUCAGAUUCCUGGUAACAGUCCUGCACACUCGCCUGUGAUUGGACUUUUCACUUACACCUUCAUGGUAUUCUACUCGUUCAGUAUGGGCCCAGUACCAUUCACGAUGUCAGCCGAGGUCUUCCCUCUCGAAAACAGAGUUGUGGGCAUGAGCUUCGCCGUUUUCUCUAACAUGCUCGGUCUCGCACUCUUGACGCUCUUGACGCCAAUAAUCACGGUCAAGGUCAGCCACGGCGGCCUCUUAGGCAUCUUCGCCGGCCUCAACCUCGUUGCCUUCGUCCUCAUCUUCUUCUUCGUUCGCGAGACCUCGGGUGCUACACUCGGCCGCACAGCAGGUAGCAUGACAUUCAUGUCCCUCGAGGAGCUGAACUAUGUCUUCGGCGUCUCGACGAAAGCGCAUGCCCUUUACCAAACGAAGAAGGUACUUCCUUGGAUGUGGAAGUAUUACAUUCGCCGCGACAAGUCGUCCGAUCGACCCGAACAACUAUAUACAUGGGCGAAUGCGAGGAAAGCGCAGAAACAGGAAGCGGUUGUGCAACAUGAGGAAUAA